GGCUGUAACCAGAUGGGCUCCUGCAGCCCCGCGCGUGUGCACGCUGCCGGCAGGAGCUGCGUUCUGUGGUGUGUGAUGGGGGGAAGGAGCUGGUGGCACAGGCUGCAGCGAGCAGCGUGGCAGUGAACCUCCCAAAGAGGUCGUGGUGCCACACUUGGGUUUCUCCGCUGGCUCGCAGUGGGCAGUGCUCGGAGCCGGGCGCUGCUGCCGGCAACGGGGCCCGCACAUGCUCAUCGUGCUGGCAGAGCAUCCGGCGGGUCUGACGGGCUGUCCCAGCCCAGCUGCUGCCUCCCCUCCUGCUUGGAACCCCCCGUGUCACCCCUCCCCCCCAGGCCAGCGUGCCCAGCACCCAGAACCAGCAACUCUGUGACAUCAGCCCCAGGGCCACGGGCACCGCGGGCAACGCGAGAACUGCGGGCACUUGGCUGCUGCACGGGUGGCAACGAGCCCUCGGUUCCUGCGGCUGCCGCGUGCCACUGGCAGCCAUGAACCUGCUGCCGCUCCUCGUCCUGCUGGCCGUGUGCUGGCCCGCGCACGGGUGGGACAACUGCGGAACCUGCGGGCUCCGGCCCAGGGCUUCUUAUGGCUCGACACGCGUUGUGGGUGGCACGGACGCCCAGCCGGGGGCCUGGCCCUGGAUCGUCAGCAUCCAAAAACCCUGGAAAUCAGCCACAACGCAUGUAUGUGGAGGGUCCCUCAUCAGCUCACAGUGGGUCCUCACAGCAGCCCACUGCUUCUUCAAUGUCUGGAACGUCACGAGGUGGCGCGUGGUGCUCGGGGCCACCCAGCUGUCCCGGCUGGGCCCCGAGGCCCAAGUGCGUCGUAUCAGACAGUUACUGUCUCAUCAACAUUACGACAGUAACACGGACAGGAACGACAUUGCGCUGCUGGAACUGGACCACCCUGUCCAGUGCAACGACUACAUACAGCUUGCUUGUGUGGCCGACACCACAGUGAGAGUGUCCGAGCUGACAUCCUGCUACGUCAGUGGUUGGGGUUCCACGUCCGCCAGAAAUGCAAAAGCCAGUGAUGUGCUGCAGGAGGCCCAGGUCCACCUCAUCGACCUGCAGCUCUGCAACAGCACGUGGUGGUACGGAGGGGCCAUCCACUCCCACAACGUGUGUGCUGGCUACCCGCAGGGCGGCAUCGACACCUGCCAGGGGGACAGCGGGGGCCCUCUCGUCUGCAAAGACAACAACGCUGAGUACUUCUGGCUGGUUGGAGUGACCAGCUGGGGGGAAGGCUGCGCCAGACCCUUCCAGCCCGGAGUGUACACCUCCACCCAGCACUUCUACGACUGGAUCCUGGUGCAGAUGGGGCUGCACCACGAAGUAACCUCUGCUCCAACGCCACAGCACUUUGUCACCUCAGCCCCCCCCCAGACACAGAGGCCAACACAGGGCACAUUUAAGCCCUGUCUAUUUCCACACGAGAAGCUGGAGGAAUUCUUUAAGAAGCUGCAGGAGCUCCUGCAGUACCUGAAGGGAAAAACUGCCUGAUCAGCAGGAUGGACAAGAUCCAGAGCAGGCUGCAGCGCAGCACAACUGUUUCCUUCUGGGCCAUGUCUGUGGAUCCAAAGGCACCUCAGUGCCCAAGGCCACCUCUGUCCUGCCCACUCUCUGCUGAGUGCACUCAAAUGCUGAAGUUGACUUAGUUCUUGAAAUAAAGUGUCCCUUUUUCACAGCUAA